UUGGAGUUUCACGGCAAAAAGAAAAAAGAAAAAGAAAAAACAAACACAACGGUCUCAUCUGGCUGACCAAUUAUAUUCCAGAAAGGACCAUCAAUAAGCAGUGAAUUUGGCUCAACUAUAGAAGGUGCCUUUAUUUCUGUAACCCAAAUUUGGAUGUCAAAAUCAUAGCCUACAUUUCUUGCCAUAAUAAUAAUGAUUACCACCCUUCAUUUUCAUGGUCAUUUUUCAAAGUUUGUAGCAUUCUCUUGUUAGGCCUUUGAGACAGACAGAAAAGACAUUGUCGUUCUUUAGUAGGUAGAGUUAGCUGUUCUCUGUAACAGGAGUGAAAAGACAGAAAAAAAUUUUAAUAAUGAAGCGGGUUUUGAUAUGGGUUUUGAGUUUGUGGAGUGUAGUUGGGAUUGGUUUGAGCCGAUCUGAAGAUGGGUUGGAAGAACUGAAGGCUAAAGAGAGUUUGCUUUCGUACUUGGAGAAAAAUGCAGUAUCCCCUGGUGCCAACCACCCGCUCAUGGUUCCCCUCACUCUCAUUCAAAGAGCUGCUUCUAAAGGAGCUGUUUGUUUGGAUGGGACGCCUCCUGGUUAUCAUCUGGACCGUGGGUUCGGGUCAGGUGCAAACAGCUGGCUCAUCCAACUGGAGGGAGGUGGAUGGUGUAAUAGCAUUCGAACUUGUGUCUUCCGCAAAACUACUCGACGUGGUUCAUCAAAAUUUAUGGAGAAGCAAAUAAAUUUCACUGGAAUUUUGAGCAAUAAAGCUGAAGAAAAUCCUGAUUUCUACAACUGGAACAGAGUCAAGCUACGUUACUGCGAUGGGGCAUCUUUUGCUGGGGAGGGCCAGAAUGAGGCUAACCAGCUUUAUUUUAGAGGACAAAGGAUCUGGUCAGCUGCUAUGGAAGAAUUAAUGUCCAAGGGAAUGCAGAAUGCUCAGCAGGCGCUUCUUUCUGGAUGCUCUGCUGGGGGUCUAGCUUCCAUUCUUCACUGUGAUGAGUUUAAGGAUUUGUUUCCAAAAACUACCAAAGUGAAAUGUCUAAGUGAUGCGGGCCUGUUCCUUGAUGCAAGAAAUGUGGCUGGUGGCUAUACCUUAAGGGAUGUGUAUGGGGGUGUGGUAACCUUACAGGGUGUGCAAAAGAAUCUGCCAAAUACUUGUACCAGCCAAAUGGAUCCAACUUCGUGCUUCUUCCCUCAAAACUUGGUUGCAAAUAUCAAGACCCCUAUGUUUCUUCUCAAUGCAGCCUAUGAUGCAUGGCAGGUCCAAGAGAGUUUAAUUCCAUCAUCUGCUGAUCCUCACGGUUUGUGGCAUGAGUGCAAAAUGGAUCGUUCUCAUUGUAACUCAUCGCAGCUGCAGUUUCUGCAAGACUUUAGGAAUCAAAUGCUCAAAGCUGUAAAUGUUUUCUCAAAGUCCAAUCAAAAUGGUUUAUUCAUAAAUUCUUGUUUUGCUCACUGCCAGUCAGAGAGACAGGAUACAUGGUAUGAGAAUGACUCUCCUCGUAUUGGAAAUAAGGCAAUUGGAGUGUCUGUUGGAGAUUGGUUCUUUGACCGAACAGCUGUUAAAGCUAUUGACUGUCCAUACCCAUGUGACAAUACUUGUCACAAUCUUGUCUUCAAGUGAGUAAGAACUUCUCAUUGACUCUGUGUAGAGGCCUCUAUAGCUUCCAUUUUAUUCUUUUCCCCAAUUGCGAAUUGUGGAAACUUUAACAUUCAUAUGUUGUAAUAAUAAAGUGAUAAGCUUUGGGAUUUCUUGUGUAUGCACAUCACAAUGAUUAGCGAUAUCAUUUUUUUUUUUCAAAAAUAUCAUUUAUAAGCAAUACAUGUCUCCAUAGACCUUUGAUAUCUUAGCACUCAAGUGAGCAGAAAGAUAUAAUACAUUUGAUAUCUUUAUAUUUGAGAUUUAAGAAAGCUAAACCAUCACUGUGCGUACUAAUAUUCCCAACCGCCACUUUCUUCGCUUUACUUUUGUUUCACACUUUCUAAUUUAUCCCUAGGACCUCAAAGCAUACCCAGAAUUCCUGAGAAAAAAGUGUACGAUAAGUGGGACAUCAAAGCUAAUCCUUGCAAUUUUUUUGUUGUUAUUGUGGCAUGUUUUUGUAAGAAUCAUAUUUGUUAUGGUAAAAACAUUUCUGAGUAAAUUAAGGUGGAAGCGAUAGAGAAUAUAAUGUUUAUUUUCACAUUGAUGUUAGUUAUUCCAGUUGAAUUUCUUUAUGCAGAUGAGUGAAAAUGUUACAAAAGGAACCUUGUUAAUCUUUGUAACUUCUAUAUCUUUAAGCAUAUAUGUUUUUAUAUUUCCAUAUAAAUAGAUCUAGGAUGUAGUUACCAAUGAGGCCUCGUUAUAAUGGUAAAAAAAAUUAGAGUGAUGCCCUAGGAGUUCCUGGUUCAAAUCCUCCCACUCCCAUGUGGGUAAGUACAUUGUAAUAUAUAUAUAUCCUCCCACCCCUAAUGUACCCUUUCUGGAUUUCCUCUCUCCACGUCGAUUGUAAGACUGACAUUAAUAUCUUCCUCUGUUAUAUC